GUGUGGAGAGGAACCGUCGCCAGGAUGCGAUACCGGCGGAUGCGAGCGGCCCUGAUCAUCCUGCGUGCUUACCGACGCUACAAGGUGAAGUCUUACAUCCGCGACGUCAACCGCCGCUUCAAAAACGUACGAACCUCCAAGGACCACGGCAGGCACGUGAAGUGGCCGACACCCCCGAAAGUCCUGCGCAAGUUUGAAGAGGCGCUCAGGAGCAUCUACAACAGGUGGUGGGCAUGGACGCUGAUCAAAGGACUCUCUCCAGAGGAGGCCCUGCAGGUGAGGGCUAAGGUAGCGAGUCUGGAGGCUCUGAAAGGACACAGAGUCGACUUGGGGCUGCAGAGAUCCUGGGAAGGAAACUACCUGAAGCGAGACAGCCCUGACACCGCUUCAUCCUUCACAUUAGUCUCCAGCGAGCUGCAGCGGAAGGACAAAUUCAUGAGAGUCCUUUUCUCCUGCAACGUGCGGAAGAUUAACCGUUUCCACAAGGCCGAGGACCGAGCUGUGCUCAUCACUGACCGUCACCUGUAUAAGAUGGAUCCUCUGAAGCAGUACAAGCCCAUGAAGAGCAUCCCUCUAUACAAC